AUGGAGCAAAACGUUCCAGGCUCAAAAGUAUUUCAACGCACUGAUUUACUUGUAUACUUGGGAAAGCAACAUGGAACGGGAAAGAGAAGUAAAAGGCAUAAGAAUGAAAACAAGAAGGCAGGAAGUGUUGACUGUACAAACAGAUUCCUGAAUCAGGACCUAAAUCAUGAUAUGGACAUUUUCCCCCCGAAACAAGUGGAUAUGCCCUGUCUAGAAAAAGAUGCUUCAUGGGACGGAGAUAUAUGCUGUGAUAUAAUUAGCCAGGAUCUUAUCAACUCAAGGUAUGUAGCUCUUUCUAUCAUGAAAUGUGAUCCUGAUACCUUAUAUCGUACUGGUUCUGAGUUUCUAGAUUCAGCCAAAAUGAGUUGCAGGAACGACGCCCUACUCUGGUUGAAAGCAAGCUUAACUCUGCUUCACAAAUCGACAAUUCAUCUGCAAAAUCUGGUCAGUCUGAUUGCUUUGUUAGAGAUAAUUCCAUUUCUUGCGAGCACAGCCGGUCUCCAAACUAUGAAGAUUUUAGUCCCUGGGGCAUGAAUUCCCCCAUCACUAAUGAAAUGGUAUGCACUAACGUUUUCUUUCCAGCGACCUAUAGUGAUUUCGUGGAUUUAAGUUUUUCCAGAUAUGUAGCCUGGUAAUUUGAACAUUCGUCAUUGUUUACCAUCUUGAAGUCGGAUGGCGAAUUUAUUACUAGUAAAAUACCCUUGAAUUUUAACCAGAAGUUUUUUAGCUUGGUGGAUUUUUAGAUUCCAACGUGAAAACGAAAGGAUUGUUGGCGAAAGCAAAAGAUGUGAACGCGAGGGAUCUGCAUAUCCCCAACGUACUGGACAACGUUCAAGGUAAUUUCUUUGGCAGCACAUUGUCUUAGUUAAUAUAAUCUCUUCGAUUGUUACUCCACAUGCUGCUUGUAUAAACUGAUCAUUCACUCAUUUCUAAUAGAAGCUUUGGAUGUGCAGAUAAAGUUGAUGGUUUUUCGUUGGUGAAUGAUAAAGGACGUUCCUUUAGUGUCAAAGGUAAGGUUGUUGCUUCUACGAUAAUGCAAGGAGCCGAUGCUCCAAAAAAGUUCAUCACUGAAGGUGGAGUCCUCCCUAAUUUUCUGGAGACGAAACAGUCAAUUACAGAAAGAAACGAUCAGAUUAUGGAAUGUCAUCCAGAUGUUGACACCUCUGCAAUCCUUACGAUAGAACCACAGGCAGCAUACAUGGACGGGAAUAGAGAUCCAGAAUUUAAUAGGAUUGAUUUUUCAGGGAAUGACUUAGCAAGAUCUAUGAUGGCUCUUUUGCUUCCAAGUGCUGUUCCUUUACUUAAAAAGACCUAUCAGAGAAGGAUGCAGAAACACGAACAGAGAAAGAAGUCUGCUACUCAUUUGGACCAAAUCCAGGUGGAUUCCACUGUUGGAAGUGAUGCGAAGUACAAAAGCAAUGAUUUCCCUUCACAAGGUAUAGUGAUAGUUGAAAACUAGGACAUCUGGCUUUAAAUGGGUCCUCUUAUUUUUCUUAGGCGAGAUUUUUAAUGCGGUAUGACUUUCUGCUGAGCCAUAAUUUCAUGAUCUUGUAGGUCAUUAUACUGAAUCGCCUAUUAACGGAGCUGGACAGAGAAUAAAGAGGUCAUUGUUUCACAAGGUGACAGUUGAAUGUGAUCUUGGCAAUGACAUAGGCAAGGAACCACUUACUAGCUGUAGGAAUUCAGCAGAUGUCCAAUUUAUUGUGCAGGACAGCUUUGAGGAUGAUCAAUAUGCGCAUGAUGUUAGUGUUGUACAGAAGUCACUUCUUGGUUUUGAUGACAAUCAACCAAGGCUCGAUAGCACACACAAUAGUUUCAAAGGUAACCAAUUAAGUCAAAACGACAAAUGUGUUCGAAGGCAAUCAGAUAGUGAGUUUGGGAUUGAUGAAGAUGAUAAGAUGGGUCUGGCAUGUGAUGGUGAUCCUCAUAAGGCUGAACCAUUGAGUAAUAAUUCCUCUUCAUCGUGUUUACGUAGGAAAUUUAAUGAUACUUGUGUGGACAAGAAUGAAGAUAUUUUACAAUCCACCCAUUGUUUCGCUGUGUGUACAUUCGAAGGUACAGCUGCCUUGGAGACUUGUGGCAUCGUCCAUCAUAAUAUUCCUCCUUUAGGAGCUGAAGUCAUAUCUGGGGAUGUUGAAGAAACUCUACACCACUCACAGCCGGACAUUGGUGCUAUCAGAAAAAGGAAAGCUGAAUACUUUGCAGAGGUUUGUGUUUCCAUUUCUUCUAGUUCCUUUGUUGAAAAACUAAAACUUUCUGACAAAAUCAACAUCUGGAGCAGCUGAGGUGAAUCUCCAUUGAGGGUACUGAUUCAGUUUUCAAUGGGUGAAACCUGAUCCCGCGUAAUUUUUUAAAAUGAUUUGGCAGAACGAACUUAGUCUGUUUCAUUUUAAUGAAUCUAAGUCACAAUCAUAUCUCAGCAGUUAAGAAUGGAAAAUAGAAGGAACAAAGUGAAAGUAGCCUCGUGUUGUCCCCUUUCACCUGUCUACGUUCUUGGUUGAGAAUGGAGCAAGUAUUCUGUCAGGAGCUUGGGGGAGGUACAGCAAAGAACGAUCCUGUAAAAGCACCAAAUUUGAGAUAUUUUGUUGAGAUAUUUUGUUGAGAUAUUUUGUUGAGAUAUUUUGUUGAGAUAUUUUGUUGAGAUAUUUUGUGCCUUUGAAAAAUAAGCAUACAGUUAGAAAUCAAAGAAAUGAAUUCUCUUUUCAACAUUAAUCAGCCUUUUCCUCAGAAUCAGUCAAUCUAGCUGUCCCUCUGUGAUUCUUAACCGACCCUCCCAGGAUCAAAACCCAUUUGUUGCUUGUAUGGUUGGAAACACUGUACAUAUUCCAAUCACCGAUGAGAUAUCGCAAACGACUUAUGAAAAUUCUGGUAAUUCCAUGCAGGUCAAUCCUAAUUUUGACGGUUCUGUAGGGGUAGAUGAAAGAGGAGCUGAUAUUAGGAAUGCUGCAGUUGCAACCUAUAUUUCCUUUCACGGAAAGACAGUUGCCGGGUGUAUUGAAGAAGAUUCUUGCUCUUUAACUGAAACUGCAAAUGGUCUAGCAUCAGGUGGUGAAACUCACAUUGUCAAGGAAAUGACACGGGAACAAGCAUUUGCCCUUCAAGCUUCUAAUAAAUAUAAGGUUCCCUUUUCAGAGAGUAUAAUUUGUAGGGACAUGAAUGAUGGAAAAAUUAUGGAAGCUUAUGCUGCUAAACGUGUGAAGUCGGCGGCAAAUAGGCAGCUUGAAAUUGAUAGCAGAGGGAUAGACGAAAAAGCGUCGUUGAUUAGUGAAGAACGUUUGAAGAUGUCAGAUAAUAUCUGUGAAUCGAUUGGCCUGGUAUUUAAUGCUAUCGCCCCUGCACCUCAAAAUCGGGAAGCCCUAGGGCAUUCAUCAGAUGCUGCGAAUGACUUAAAGUUCAUUCAUACAGACGUCAAGACUAAUGACACGAAUCCUUGUAGUGAUAACAAUGCUGCAGUUGGGGAUUGUCAUGAACAAAUCCCAGUUCUUCAAGUCUCAAGAAAGCAGGCAUUUGAUGAAAGUAAUCCCAGUGACUUGUCUUGUUCUGGUCAGGAAUUGCCUAUAGAGUACGUUGCCAGUGACCGUCCAAAUGAUUUUUCUUAUCUGGAUCUUUCUGAGGCUCAGCCAUUGUUUGGUUCUUCUUCUGUAAGUAUGAAACCUGACGAGCAGCUUGAAGACUUUGUAGAGCUUAUUGGUUGUUAUCUGCAUCCACACUGUAUUCGGUCUAUAUUGCUGAAUGUCAAGGAGGGAACAUUACACGUCUGCACCUUGUGUGGCCCAUCCGAAGGAGCUGAAGGGGUCAUUUUCGUCUACCAGAUUCCCAUGAAAAAAGAGAUAAACUUCCCAUCUUUUCUUGGAUACACAUCGAUUAUGUUUCCUAUCCGAGAAAAUGGCCAUCAUCAAAGCGUACGCUAUCUCAUUGUUGAUCCUGGAGCCUUUCAUUGGUGCUUUCUUCAUAAUAUACAUCUCAUUUUCAGUAUUUUUAUGUACAACUUAUCGCCGUCUUACCAGAUUCCAAUCGAAAGAUGUGGCCUACAAUUUACUCCUGAUGGCGAGUACCUUGUUUUUUCUAAUGGUAUCAAGGCACCUUCCUGCAGGUCAUUUACCAUCUUGAUCAUCACAGGGAGUGCAGCUGUGCCGUAUGUCAAUAACUAAUUUUAAUUAUGAAUUUUCAGGGAGAAAAAAUUCAGAUGUCGUUGCUCUAUCUGCAAGUUGGACUGCGGUGAGAAUAACGCUAUAAACAUCGUUCAUUUGGAGCUUGGUUAUGUGUCUACAGUGAGCAAGUUGAAAACAGUUCAGAACAUUUAUUGCAUAUUAGUUUGUGAAAGUAAUCAUCUUCUAGCAGUUGAAGAAAGUGGGAGUCUGCUUGUAUGGCUAAUGAACCCGUCGUGGAGGUAAUAAUUUGGAGAUGUCGUCUCUCUUUUUGGAGCUAUCUUUCCAUCUCUCAGUAUUCGUCAUAGCUUACCAUCAGAUCUUGGUUGCUAUGAGGAAUGAAUUUUGACUUCUAGCCUGUCAUGUCAAAGCUAGCCUUAACAGGUCUUUCUUACUAUUGGUAUGAUCCCCAGAUUGGGCAUCGUGUGCAUUCUUACAGUUUCAUGUAUUGUACGGGUAACAAUCUUGCACUCGUUGACUUUGUGUGUGCGUCCCAGUGCUUCACUAAUUUUCUCAUGACAGCAUGUCAGAAGAAUAAAAAGCUAAAUGAUUUUCAUUUUAGAGACGAUUCGUUGGACAGUUUAAGAGAUUGUAUCUGCCCAAUCCAAGCAAAAAAUAUAUUCCAUUUGUUGGCGGGCUCUCCUGACCUGCUCCUGAACAUGAUUUUUUUCUACGAGUUUCAUGAAAACGCCGCUCGUACUUGCUAGUAACUCCAAAAUUCCAUAUAGAUAAAUAUAUAUUACAAGGGAAGUUUCAUGCCAGGAUAUUUGCAGAAAAUUAGAAGUUUAUUGAAAUGGCAUGCGUAGGUUCGUAUUACCUUUUCUCUACAGCUAAGAGUUGUGCCACUUAUUGUGAUAUUGCACCUGUUCAGAUCAAGUCAGGAAGAAUUCAUCCUACCUGGCUUUGAUUCCAUGGAACCUUCAGCGAUAGAGCUGAAACAGAUACCAAAAUGUGCCUCGAUCAUCGUCGGCCAUGAUGGUGCCGGAGGGUUCUGCUUGUGGUAAGUGGUUCCUUGCAGCAUAUCUCAUCUACUUUCUUUCAGUAAUUUCUCGUAUCGUACCCAUUUGGGGAAGGUGAAAUAAGGGGCCUGAUUUCUUGAACCAGCACAUCACACGGUCAACCUUCCUUAUUUAGGACUGCUGCGUUAUCCAGGCCCUGGAAUCCAGUUAACACCUGCUUUUGUCUCCUCUUUUCUUUGCUCAUCCGGAAGCACUCUGUUUUCCCUUUUAGGGACGUUUCCAAGAGGAUCAAGCUGUCCAAAUUUUCUACUCUGGGGGAUGUGGUUUCCCAGGUUCUCCCUGUGGGGUGGUUGACCAAUGUGGAAGUCAGUAAGACUGGUGCCGCUCCGACUGGGGAACGUGCUGCUAUCUGGUUCCUCGUCCACGGCCACCGAUUAGAGAAGGAAUCGGACGGCUCUUCAGCAGGGUGGAGGCUCGGCCUCUUGGUCAACGAUGGAUUGUUCCUUGGCGGCGUGUUAGAUGCUCGGUAUUUUUCCAAGUGGUUCUCCCUCUCCCCUUCAACGACUCCGAUGGUAUGUUGUUAUUAUAUCUUUAUACCUUCAUUUUUAUCGAAGAACAUUUUUUUUUUAUAUUUAUAGGGUAUCUUUUGUCGGAGCAUUAUCUGACCUGGGGAUUGCUGGAAUGAGCGACGGCCAUGUGUACAUGUGGGAGUUGACCACUGGAACGAAGCUAGCAGAUCUUCACCCAUUUACCGGCGGUGAGUCAACCUAUUCUGAGAAGGGAUCUCGUGGACUCCUAUCUGGUUCUUAAGCUGUUUGCCCAUUCUACCUGAUCUAAAAUUUCUGACGGAAAUAUCUAUUUCGCCCUGGGUCUUCUUUUUUUGUGCGAUAAGUUUUUAGAAUUUCUACAUUAUUAAUAAAUAUCAUAUGUUCUUGUUCAUUACUAAUAAAAGCAUACCGUAAAUUGUGUUUAGACAUAUUUCCUUUUUAAUACUCUUUCCGUGUGAUCAGGUGGGGGAGGCAUCUCGUGUAUCGUGGCCGAUGAGAAAUCUGGCGUGUUUGCAGUAGCCGGCGAUGGCUGUGAACUGAGGAUUUACCUUCGGUCCAAGAUGGCGUGCCCGACUCCUCGCAGAUAG